AUGAAUCUCCGUGAUCGAUUCAAGCGGGUUUUCCACCGUUCUUCCAACAGCACCAGUCAACUGAAUGGAAAACCCAAAAUCGAAUACUAUCGUCGCAGUGAAUGUCCCCCCUCCAAGUUCCGGGGUCCGUUCGAUAAGGAACACCAAAAGCGCUUAGCCGCUUGGUCCUUCGAUCGCGCCAUGGUGGAACGCCCACGUUCCCUCGACCUAUCCAUGUCUCCCUGUGCUCCUGAUGAAAUUUCACCAUUUGAUUCCGAUGAUACUGGCGAUAUUUCUCCCGAUGAUGAUGGUGUCCCUAUCGAUCCAGUCGCAGCUCGCUCUCACACUCCCGAGUCCACUAUCUCGACUGACUUCCCCCGCCCCGCUCACACGGGCUCCCAGUCGUCGACUAUCGUCAACUCCGACAGCUACAAUGGUUCCAUGAUGACCCUCCUCCCGGAAAUUUCGGUCUACGAGAUUCCAGAAGACCCCAUCGCCCAGUUCAAAGAGUCAAUCCGCUUCACCUCGCCAAUUGUGCGCGCCAUCUCCCCCGCUCUCAAGUCGCCCCGUGCAAAACAGCUACCUUUUGCCCCCGAGGACCUCAGCCGCGCCCUGGCCGCCGUGCAAGUCUGCGCCUAA